CGGCGCCGGCGGAGGGGCGGGGCGCGAGGGGAGAGCGGCUUGGGUAAUGGCAGCGCUGUGAGGACGGAGCGGGGCAGGGACCGCGGCCGCAGGGCAGGGAGCGAGGCAGGCCGGCCGGCGGGCGGGCGUCGCUGACUCGGGCCCCUUGCCGCCAGAUUAACACUAAAGCCCCACAAUGUCCUUGAAACCACGAGUAGUUGACUUUGAUGAAACAUGGAACAAACUUCUAACAACAAUUAAAGCUGUUGUUAUGUUGGAUUAUGUUGAAAGAGCAACGUGGAAUGAUCGCUUCUCAGACAUUUAUGCUUUGUGUGUGGCCUAUCCUGAACCUCUUGGAGAGAGACUUUAUACUGAGACUAAAAUUUUUUUGGAAAAUCAUGUGCGUCAUUUGCACAAGAGAGUUCUGGAAGCUGAAGAACAAGUACUGGUUAUGUAUCACAGAUACUGGGAAGAGUAUAGCAAAGGGGCAGACUAUAUGGACUGUUUAUACAGGUACCUCAACACACAGUUUAUUAAGAAGAACAAAUUGACUGAAGCUGAUCUUCAGUAUGGUUAUGGCGGGGUGGAUAUGAACGAACCAUUGAUGGAAAUAGGAGAGCUAGCUCUUGAUAUGUGGAGAAAAUUAAUGAUUGAGCCACUGCAGGCCAUCCUUAUUCGGAUGCUCCUCCGAGAAAUAAAAAACCCAAGCACUCCUCCUACAAGGCAAGCUGAAUAUCAACUUAUGCAUUUUUGUUUCAACACAACAGGAAGCCGACAAGAUCUCGAAUUUGAUCGCUGUGGAGAAGACCCAAACCAGAAAGUAAUCCAUGGGGUUAUUAACUCCUUUGUUCAUGUUGAACAGUAUAAGAAAAAAUUCCCCCUAAAGUUUUAUCAGGAAAUAUUUGAGUGUCCUUUUCUGAAUGAAACAGGGGAGUAUUAUAAACAAGAAGCUUCAAAUUUAUUGCAAGAGUCAAAUUGCUCACAAUACAUGGAGAAGGUUUUAGGUAGAUUAAAAGAUGAAGAAAUGCGGUGUCGGAAAUACUUGCAUCCCAGCUCAUAUGGCAAAGUGAUUCAUGAAUGCCAACAGAGAAUGGUAGCUGAUCACUUGCAGUUUCUACAUGCAGAAUGUCACAAUAUUAUCAGACAAGAGAAAAGAAGUGACAUGGCAAAUAUGUAUACUCUACUUCGUGCUGUGUCAAGUGGUUUACCUCAUAUGAUUCAGGAACUACAAAACCAUAUCCGUGAUGAGGGCCUUAGAGCAACCAGCAAUCUUUCUCAGGAAAAUAUGCCAACUCAGUUUGUGGAGUCAGUUUUGGAAGUACAUAGUAAAUUUGUUCAACUCAUCAAUACUGUUUUGAAUGGUGAUCAACACUUUAUGAGUGCCCUUGACAAGGCUUUGACAUCAGUAGUUAACUAUAGGGAGCCCAAGUCGAUCUGCAAAGCACCUGAGUUGCUGGCCAAGUACUGUGACAACUUGUUGAAGAAGUCAGCAAAAGGAAUGACAGAGAAUGAAGUAGAAGACAAGCUUACAAGUUUCAUUACUGUUUUCAAAUACAUUGAUGACAAAGAUGUAUUCCAAAAGUUCUAUGCCAGAAUGUUGGCAAAAAGAUUAAUUCAUGGUUUGUCUAUGUCUAUGGAUUCUGAAGAAGCCAUGAUUAAUAAACUAAAGCAAGCCUGUGGUUAUGAAUUUACCAGCAAGCUCCACCGGAUGUAUACAGACAUGAGUGUUAGUGCUGAUCUCAACAAUAAAUUCAACAACUUCAUCAAAAACCAGGACACAAUUAUAGAUUUGGGAAUUAGUUUUCAGAUAUAUGUUCUACAGGCUGGUGCAUGGCCUCUAACUCAGGCUCCUUCUUCUACAUUUGCAAUUCCUCAGGAACUGGAAAAAAGUGUACAGAUGUUUGAAUUAUUUUACAGUCAGCAUUUUAGUGGAAGGAAGCUUACUUGGUUACAUUAUCUUUGUACAGGUGAAGUAAAAAUGAAUUAUUUGUGCAAACCUUAUGUAGCCAUGGUCACGACAUACCAAAUGGCAGUGUUGCUUGCCUUCAACAACAGUGAAACUGUCAGUUACAAGGAGCUUCAGGAUAGUACACAAAUGAAUGAGAAGGAACUGACAAAAACCAUCAAAUCCUUACUUGAUGUCAAAAUGAUCAACCAUGACUCAGACAAGGAAGACAUAGAGGCAGAGUCUACGUUUUCAUUAAAUAUGAACUUCAGCAGUAAACGAACAAAAUUUAAAAUUACUACAUCAAUGCAGAAAGACACACCACAGGAGAUGGAGCAGACCAGAAGUGCUGUAGAUGAAGACAGAAAAAUGUAUCUUCAAGCUGCUAUAGUUCGUAUCAUGAAAGCACGUAAAGUGUUGCGACAUAAUGCUCUUAUUCAGGAGGUAAUUAGCCAAUCAAGAGCUAGGUUUAACCCAAGUAUCAGCAUGAUUAAGAAGUGUAUUGAAGUUCUGAUAGACAAACAGUACAUAGAGCGAAGCCAGGCCUCUGCGGACGAAUACAGUUAUGUAGCAUGAUGUUGCUAUCCUGCAGGUAUGAUUGUAAGGAGAUCAUUGCUGUCACUGUUUGGUGUGUUCCUGUGGGAAGAGGCAGGCCUGGGCCUCCAUAAUUGGUCACUUGGCAGCCCCUGUUUUUCUGCUGUUUACAACAUCACCAGUGCCAUGUCAUGAGCGUCAAUGAAAAUGCCUAUAGAUAUUUCAAGCUCAUGUCAUUAUGACAUUUCUUAAAACUUUACUAAAAGAAUGAGUGAAGUAUUGCUGAAAUGUGGAAAAUUGGUUGGGUACCAUGCUUUUUUUUUUUCUCCCCUUUCACGUUUGCAGUUGAUGUUUUUUAAUGUAUCUUAAGACAAAGUAAAAAAUAAUAAAAAUAAAAAAACACAAAAAA